UUACUCAUUCCAUGAGUCGACGGACGGCCAAGAAAAAAGGUUUGAAUGGGCACCGAAGGAUUUUACUUGAACGUGGCCACCCCCUUGAACCGGACGGUCGCGAGCUCCUUGGCUUGAUGGCCCCACCGGGAUCAUCGGCGUCUGGACUCUGGAAAGUGGAGAAAACGCGUGGACUCUUGCUCGAUCUCAACGACGCCGCCAGCCAUGCAGACCGAACGUUCUCACUUUCCACCUUAACAGGCUUUCCCACUGCGCUGGGCCACACACCCCUCCCGACUGCCGACCCCCGCCAUAACUACCAGACUCACAAUCCUUUUGUUCGUUAUCCGAUGCUCGAGCGACCCCGCUUUUGUCAGCAACGUCUUCCGUCCCGCAUGAGGCGCCGCAUGAGGAUCGUUCUCGAGCUUGCGGCUAGUGUUGGCUGGUCGAACCUCACUUACGAGUUGAGGCCACUUCUCCUCUCAUUACUUCUAGGACGGGGCUCUAGUGUGGCUUUGGUGUCGAGGUCCGAUCACCCCAAGUUGGGAAAUAUAAGCCGUCUCCGUAUCAACAGUAUCAACAGCUGGAAAGGCCGCUGCUACAUCCAAUGCAGCACGCUUCGCGAGAUUGCAACGCUCAGUCGACAGGGUCGAGAGACCAGGCAUGGCAGUGCCGCUGUCCUCUUCUCGGAGUACGAAGAACGGAGUACGAAAGCCACGCCCAUUAGCAUUGGAUACCAUAUCUGGGGAAGAUCGGCAAGUGCGGCAGCCCGCAUGGCAGGCCCCAUUUGCACUCGGGCUUCCGACAAGGGGUGCACCUCGCUGAAAUAA